UUCUUUUUCGAUGGAGUUGUUAAAUUAAUAGUACAAAACGGUGCGUAUCAUUUGUUCAUGUUUUUGGUAAGUGGGAUGAUUUGAUUUCUUCAUUGCCGGCCGUUCUAGGAGUAAAGCUUCCCUUCGUUUAACAUCCACGUCUCGACAGCGUAGCCUAUGCAUUGAUCCACUUUCUCUUCUCCAAAUUGUUGCCGCUGUGAUUGUGAACUCUGGAAUCGUUCAGCUGCUAAUAAAUUUCAGCACUGACUUGAAAUCCUUAAAACUAAAUUAUUUAUUCUGCGGCAUUCCCUUCGUUUUAUGUCUCUCUCCGUAGAAUCUCAUUUUUCAUGUGCGCAAGUUAGCCCACUCAAGUUAAGGGUUUAGGGCUUGAGUUUUAAGAUACGAAGAUGUACGCUGAUCGAGUGGAGGCUACAGCCAAGAGGUCAGUUAAGGACCGUCUAAACGGCAAUUCCACUCCUAACUACUCUACUCGCAGGCGAUCAAUCACUGGCAAAAGGUGAUAUGUUGUCUAAUUUUCCCAGUGCAUGCAUCAGAUAAGUGUGUAGAAAGUUAGAAUUGGAAGGGCGUGUAGUUCUCUUUGUUUGUUUGUGCCAUUGUAGAUCCAACAAUUUAGGACCAGACGAGGAUCAGAAUGGAAUUAAGAAAGAUGCAGAGGCAAGACGACAAGUGGGAACAUGAUCUUUAUGACGAUGAUGAACGUCAAGUUUCAAUGGCCUGUGAAGAUCGAAUGGUUGGUGUCCGAGAUCUUCGUUUAAAGCUCCAAAAGAAAAGUAUACAACAAGUAUCUCAAAGUGGAAAGAGUACUUCAGGUGUGCAAGAUCUUCGUGAAAAGUUAUCUGGGACAAUGAAUUCACAACUGGUGAACUCUGAUCCGCCAAAACCAAAUUUGCUGGCUGCUAAACCGGCCAGAAAGAGUGUUGCUGCUGAAGCUUCAGAGACAGAGACCAGAAGAGUUGCUGAUCCAGCUCUGAGAAAGAAAGUUCAGCAGAAGGUUGAGACAUCAGUUGGUGGGUUUUUGCGAUCAUUGGGUCUUGAGAAGUAUUCCAUUACUUUUCAAGCCGAGGAGGUUGAUAUGACAGCUCUUGUACAUAUGACUGAUGAGGACCUCAAGGCUAUAGGAAUACCUAUGGGCCCAAGAAAGAAGAUACUAUUGGCACUGGAAUCUAGAGGCUGACAUUUUGGGAUGUAGCUUGCUGUUCUCUAUAUUUGCCUAGAGCUGGAAUUCUGAAACGUAAAAUUUUUCUCCUUUGUUAUUAUAUUUUUUUCUCCAUUUGGCAAGAUUGUCAUAUGUGAAGUGGAAUUGAUAGUUUGGGAAUCAGUAGAAAUUUUUUAAUUGAUGGAUAUACAGCGUUGUUAUAUUA